AUGGAUUCUUCUUUGUCUUCUUUUCUUCAUUUUCCCUCCCUUACUGCCCCCCUUACCAGCCCUGACAUUGCGAAGAGCAGCAGCAAAGCUACAGCAGCAGCAGCAGCAGCAGCAGCUGCUGCUGCUGCUGCUGAUGAAGCAACCCCUCUAUGUGCAGCUUCUAAGCCCACAAAGACGGGGGAGGCUUUGUGGGGUCGUCUGACCUCUCAAGUUGGGCAACUGCAGCAGCAACUGCAGCAGCAGCAGCUGCAGCAGAAGCUGCAGCAGAAGCUGCAGCAGCAGGUGCAGCAAUUAAUAUUCCGAAAGGAAGCAGACAUAGAGCGAGGCAGCUGGAGCUUAGCAAGUGGCGAUGCUUUUUGUAUUUGUUCUGUUACGAUUAGAGGCCCUAUUAAGGGGCUUCAAGCAGCAGCAAUUGCGUAUAGCUUUGUUCCUUUGCUGCUAUUUGCUGCUGCUGCUGCUGCAGCGAUCGUUGCUGCUAACCCCCUCUUCAUAUUCGCUGCGAAACAGCAGCAGCAGCAGCAGCAGCACCAGCAGCAGCAGCAGCAGCAGCACCAGCAGCAGGGCUGCUUCGUUUGCUGCUCGUUGUCGCUGCUUUCUGUCUCCUCGGCCCUAUCCCUUGGGCGCGCAUACACCUGA